AUAUGGCGGCGUCACCAAGCGCCGUGCACCGCUUCACUUUGCCUUUUGCUCAUGGCUCUCUUUUCGCCCCUCACUGUCGGCCGCCUCUCGCUGCAACACCGCGUCGUGCUCGCGCCCUUGACGCGGUACCGCGCGGCCGCCCACGACGGCGACGACGAGAGCGUCCCGACGCCCAUCAUGGCCACAUACUACGCGCAGCGCACGUCGCCGGGCGGUCUCCUCAUCUCGGAGGCGACGCCCAUCUGCCCGGAAGGUCGGCCCAACAUUGCCGCACCGGGUAUCUACUCGGCCCGACACGUGGCUGCGUGGCGGCCCAUCACGGACGCGGUGCAUGCCAACGGCGGCUUCAUCUUUCUUCAAAUGUGGCACGUCGGCGGCUCGUCGCAUCCGGUCUUUGACAAGAAAGGGCGUGCGCCACCGUCGUCGGCGGCGGUGCAAUUUGCGGGACCGCCCGUCAACACGCCGAGCGGCCCGCAGCCGCGCGUGGUCUCGCGCAUGCUCUCGACGGACGAAGUGCAAGAGCUCAUUUCGUUCUACGUGCGGGCGGCGACGCUUAGCAUUGAAGCGGGGUUUGAUGGCGUCGAGAUCCACGGCGCCAACGGCUACAUCCUCGAGCAGUUUCUCAACGACACGCUCAACAGCCAGCGCAGCGAUCAGUACGGCGGGUCGCUCGAGAAGCGGAUUCGCCUCACGGUGGAAGUCACCAAGGCCGUGGCCGAUGCAAUCGGCGCCGACCGCGUCGGUAUCCGCCUCAGCCCCUUCUCGGCCAUUAACGGCGCGUACAACUCGGACCCGAUCGGAACGUACUCGGCGCUCCUUGAGCAGCUCAACCCGCUCGGCCUUGCGUACGUGCACCUUGUCGAGCCGCGCAUUGCCGGUGGCUGGGACGCCGAAGUGCUCCCGGACCCGUCGCUCAUCAACCUCAAGCCGUUCCGGUCCGUGUACAAGGGCGUUCUCAUCGUCGCCGGUGGGUACGUUGGCGAGACAGCCGAAGCGGUCGUCGCCGAGGGCCAAGCGGACGCUGUGGCGUUUGGCCGUCAUUUCAUCUCCAACCCGGAUCUGCCGUACCGUCUCCAGCACAAGAAGCCGCUGACGCCGUACAACCGCGCGACGUUCUACACCAAGGACCACGUCGGCUACACCGACUACAAGACGUGGCUCGAGGAAGAAGCUGAGAAGACGAAGUCGGCGUAAAGCCCGCGUGUCAUUCGCAUGUGCGUUUUGUCCAGGCGAUUAAGGGCCUCGGAUUUAUUAACGUUGUGGAUGGAUCGUCGCUCGUUAUGUAGACUUUAUGUU